AUGGCCACACAAUAUAAGCCUGCCACCAUCGCGCCUCUUACCCCAGAGCAACAGACCGUUCUGCAAACUAAGCAGAUGCUUGGGUUUCUGGCUUUAGGCUCUCUUUCAAUCACCACUGCUCUCAUGGGUAGAAAGUCGGUCAUUUCCAGAAAGUAUGUCCCUCUCCUUUUCGACUCAAAUAAUAGACCUCCCAACUUUAAUUUGGUCAAGGACGCUGCGGUGGCAGUCGGUAUUGCUACCACCAUGACUGUUUCGACGUUUGCCUUCACUGCAGUUGGUUUUGCUUGGAUCACCGGCAUUUCUUCCGCCAAGGAUUUUUCGAUAAAAAUGAAGUCCCUCAUGGGAGGUGCCGAGAAGGAGCUUCAGUACCUCAACGCUCCCGAGGACCCUGAACUUGAACAACUUGAAAACUCCAUUUCUCAGGCUUUCAGUGGCUCUUCCAAGAAAUAA